CAUUGAACAUCAGUUUAAUAAUUUGACCAAGAUUCUUUUUAUCUAACAAUAGAUAACAGUAGUGAGAUUCUGAUGCUUCAUCUAUGGGUUUAUACAUCUAUGCUAAUACUUAUGCAUCCAAAAUAAUCCAGGUGUUUUGCGACAAUCAAACUGCUAAAGAUAACGUUGGUCAAUAAUACACUAAACAUUGGACUAUAAAUAGCCGUUGGUAUCUCGCUGCUCUCAACUGACGAGUUGAACAUACACCGCUUUUUGUACAUAGGAGAUAGUGAAUACCAAUAAUCAGAAAAAUAAGUUUAAUUGAAAACAAUAUCGCUGUCACGAGAUUGUCACGAUUGGUCAGGUAACCGUAAGCUGAAUGAUAAGUUAAAAGAUUGCGUUUUAAAUCCCUGCAAAUAGGAAGCUCACACCACCAUGCAUGCCAUAUAGGAACAUGAACUUUUUCGAGGAUAGUUGAUGACUGCGGAGCAUACGGAGUGAUAGUAACAUAAUACUGUAACAUAAAGCUAUGAAUGUAUAUUUACUAAAAUGACAAAAUGGUUUGAGAACUUUUGUAACAUAUUUUGUAGAUACAAGACAUACUAUAUUGUAUUUUUGAUAAUCUUGUCAACGAUCAUAUUGUUUUAUUUGGACAAAUCCUAUACCCUUAUACCAAGUUUCGCUACCAGUCAGUUUUAUAAUACUGAUGAACAGAACCUAGAAAUUUAUAACGACACAGUACUGCUGAAUAAAACAAAAAGUGUUCUUCUUUUAUGGACUACGUUUUUUAAAAGUAUGUACUGGGAACGUGAAAUUAGGAAAAAAUUCAUGACAUGUAGCAAACAAUGUGAAGUGACAUCGGACAGAACGCGUCAGAAGGAAGCCGAUGCCAUAUUGUUUCACCACGGAGAUUUAAAAAAGAAAGACCUUCCACCAUUACGAGUUUUACAACAACCAUGGAUUUUGUUUACAUUAGAACCAACAACUUUGAUAGAAGGGAAUAUGAAUUGGUGGGGUAGAAUAUUUAACUGGACCAUGUCAUACAGAACCUAUUCCACUAUCUUCAAUCCUUAUGGUUACUAUGUAAAUAACAGCAAUGUAAAAUCAGAAUACAAUAACGUUUCCUAUACAUACCGUUCAAAGGACAUGAUGGCGGUUAUCAGUCGGUGCCAUGACGAUGCAAGACGUUAUAAGAUAAUCCAGGAGUUAUCCAAGCACUUUCAGGUGGAUGUAUAUGGACAAUGUAGUCGUAAGAAAUUAAAAUGUGACUAUCACGACAAAUUUUAUUGUCUUGAUCCUAAAGAGAUUAAAAGAUAUAAAUUCAGACUUGCUUUUGAAAAUGGAUAUUGUCGGGAUUACAUCACAGAAAAAUAUUGGAGUUCACUUUUACAGGACAUUAUUCCCAUAGUGAACUGGAAAGAGCAUCAGAACAACGAUCAUGUUGUACCAAACUCGUAUAUAAAUGUAUAUGAUUUUACAAAUCUUACAUCAGCAAUACAGUUUAUAAGAAAUAUUAGCAACAACGAGUCCUUGUAUAAUUCGUUCUAUGACUGGAAACGUACAUAUACGGCCAUCUCAUCGAUGUACAGUGGGUUCUGUCGAUUGUGUGAUAGAUUACAUCAACCUUUUAACCUACAAGUAUAUAAAGACUUAGAGAAAUGGUUCAAAGAUGAUACAUGUGGUAAAUACAAUCUUUUUGAUGGUGCAUUUAGACAUAUUGACAGAUACCUGUUCAACAACCUUCACAGAUAACAACAGUUAAACAUCUACAACUCCUCUUAGGAUUGAAAAAUACAAUUAUUUUUCCCAUAGGCAACAAUAGUAGCAAUUUUCGAGAUACAGACUUUAGAAGUUUGAUUUUAAGAUUGAAACCUUGCUAGAAUUAAAGAAAAAAAUAUAAGAACAGCAUGUUUUAGUCCAAAAAAUAAAGGUUCCAGUGUCUUUCUUAA